UGACCUAAUAUCGGUCCCUCCCAGGUCACAUUGAUGAAGGCCCAAAGCACCUUGAAAUAUCCUCACAAAACAUCCUUUGAGCGAUGAAUUCUCGCUCUGCCCACCAUGCUUUGCGAAACUUGCCAGAACCGGAUCAGCGCUGCCAUGAAUGGCAGAUCGUAUUACCAUGACAAGGAUGGAUUCAAGUUCGCCUACACGCUCUAUGAUACCAAAGACGAGGUCGACAGAGGAGUCGCUGUGGGAUGCUAUAUCUGUCGGGCGGUCUGGACAAGCCUUGCAGGCCCACGGGGAUCGAAUGCAGCGUCUGGAGAGAGAUGGCUCAGCAGAAACUUACCACUCCAAUUUACCGUCGACGUCCAUGACGAUCCUAUUCCCAGCCCUUGUAUGGAUCCAGAAGAUGCAGCGGUUUCUAUUACGCUUGGACCCUCCUUUGGAAGAUACCAAAUCCCGCGAUUCGAGUAUACCCGGUUCCCAUUCCAUUUGAUUCCAACUCCAAAAGAUGUGGCAUCCCUCGAGCUGAACACAACAAUCGAAGAUACCCCGAUCUCAACAGCUGAAUCGGCUGAGGUGUGGGCCAACUGGUUUCAAGCUUGCUCAAAGUUUCACGCCGAGUGUCGGAAAUUGGCUGAAAAGGUGCCACGAUUCACUCCCGACAGACUCAUCGAGAUCCUUGGCGGCCGGCAUGAGAAGGAUCUGCGCUGGCGCCUUGUUUUGCGGGAAGACAUUGGCGACGUCCCUUACCUUACUCUGAGCCACUGCUGGGGAACCUCUCUGCCUUUACGUCUCACCAAGAACAACUAUUCGGAAUUCUUGCGGACAUCCUCCUGUUCGCGUCUCCCAAAGACCUUUCAGGAUGCCUUGGACGUAACAUUGUCGCUGGGCUUCCGAUACAUCUGGAUAGACUCCUUAUGCAUCAUCCAAGGUGAUGCCGAUGACUGGCGAACCCAAUCUUCGAUGAUGUGGAACAUCUACAAAAGCUCAGAAUGCAACAUUGCGGCCACAUGGGCCUCGGAUGGCAGAGGUGGUUGUUUCGCGGAAAGGGUAAUCGAGAAGCCUACGACGAUCGUCCUGGAUUCCAUCGGCGCGCGCCCGACCACGUCGAUCAGAUACCGGGUUGAAUAUGAACUUCGGUACCAAGAAGAUGUCAUGGAGGCUCCUCUCAAUUCACGGUGCUGGGUUGUGCAGGAGCGAUAUCUCGCCAAGAAACAACUUAACUUUGCGCGCUCCCAGGUAUACUGGGAAUGCCCAGAGCUUCUCGCUUCGGAGCAUUUUCCUACCGGCAUUCCAAAGGCGAUCACGCACAGCAAUGACAGGUUUCCCAACACGAAACCAACCAUCGACUCUAAGACCGGGUUAGACCUUCGCAGAGAAUGGGGACGACUGGUGAAGCAUUAUUCAAGUUGCAAGUUAACUUAUCAAUCCGACAAGCUCAUUGCGCUAUCCGGUUUGGCCGCGGAAGUGAGAAAUGCCACCAACGACGUAUACCUCGCCGGGAUGUGGCAAGAAGAUCUUCAGCGUCAGUUAUGCUGGAUGCCAUAUUCCAUCAAUCGCUCUAGGACAGCAGCGUACCUGGCCCCGACGUGGUCUUGGGUGAGCUUGGACGGGGAAGUGAACUUCGACUCACGCUACCAUAGGGACUGCUCGUUAGAUCAUGAUAUCGAUUUCCUGGAGGUCAUGGACAUCUCGGCCCAUUCGGAAGAUCCAUCGGGGUUGCACAGCUUUAUCAAAUUGGAGUUGACUGUACGAGGGAUUGCACUUUGGACUCGAGCUGUUGAUACUCCUACUACCUCAGACUUUUACACAGAGACUCGGGUAGCCUUCUCAACCCACACUAUGGACUCGGAGAUCAGCAAAACCGAAGUUUCAGUUCUCUGGGACGAAAAUGUUUCAUCGGGAGAUAACCCCGAGCGCUGGCAAAAGCUCCAAGAAGAACGGAAUGCAACUCACCUAUUCUUGUGUGUGUCAUUACGGGGGAUGGAGGCGGUAGAGGGCCUAGUGCUGAGGGAGGUACAUGCACAAAACCCCACGGAUACGCGGGUUUACACACGCGCUGGGAAAUUCCAACUCGUUGACCCUAUCGGACAUAUGAGUCUCGUUGGAAUACUACUUGAGAGGCUAGGAUAUAAGUACGAUGAGCUCGAGGAGGAUGCUGGCAAGGCUCAGGGAAGAAACAGUGAGUUACUAGGGACAAGGCUCGACUUCACAGACCCCAGAAUAGCCGAUCUCGUUCAUGUAGUCACUAUUAUUUGAAGGAUGUAGCAGUAUUUCAAGG